GAUUUAUCUCAUAUUAGUUAUUUAUGAUGGAAAUAGUGGUUAUGUGUCCGUUUAGGAUUUAUUGUUAUUGAUUAUGUUUAUUGUAUCUUCUAACUGUGCAAUGGUCAUAAGAUUGUACAGUGUUCAUUUUUAUCGUUAUGAGUUUCUUGUUUGAUUUAGUAAAAAACGCAUUUAUCAGGAUGUUAGAACUUUUAUGGUUUGGUAAAAAGAAAAUUAGCAAUUCAUUAAGUAUAUAUAUCAAAACAAAUACAGGAAAUACUUUAUCGGUGGAUUUGGAUCCUAAAUGGGAUAUAAAAAAUGUGAAAGAAAUAUUAGCACCCCGAAUGGGGAUGGCACCAGAAGAUAUUAAAAUUAUUUUCGCUGGCAAAGAACUACAUAAUUCAACAGUAAUAGAGGAGUGUGAUUUGGGUCAACAAAGCAUUUUGCAUGCUGUUCAAAAUCGUCAUCAAAGAUUUAAUAAAAGUAUAAAUUCUGUAAAUACUAUCGAAGAGGUGGUAACGGAAGGAUCUGAUUUUGAUUCGACAUUUAAUAGUAGUGGAAGUAAACCGAUGAAUGAAACUCUUACAGAUUUGCCAUUAGAGGAAGCAGAUCAGACAAAUUCAUCCACAGAUGAACAACGAGAAACUCGAGCACAUUUUUAUGUAUAUUGUUCAAAGCCAUGCAAAGCUGUAACUACAGGGAAGUUAAGAGUUAAAUGUGCAUCUUGCGGUAGCGGUGCCGUUACAGUAGACAGAGAUCCACAAUGUUGGCCAGAUGUUUUACACCCCAAAAGAAUAACGGUCCAUUGUGAAAAUGAGUUAUGCGAGCUAUCGGUAUCUUCUAACGAGGAAACCGAAUUACAAGUUUUAUAUGCUCAAUUUUUUUUCAAAUGUGCAAAUCAUAUUAGUUUAGGUGAAGAUGACCAGGCAGUACCGCUUUAUUAUAUCAAGCCAAAUUCCAUGAAUAUACCUUGUCUCGCAUGUACAGAUAUAAGGGAUACAGUAUUGGUUUUUCCUUGCGAAGCAGCCCACGUAACUUGCCUAGAUUGCUUUAGGGAAUAUUGUUCUAUACGUUUACGCGAGCGUCAGUUCCAAUUUGAAACAACAAAAGGUUAUUAUACUCUUCCUUGUCCCGCAGGAUGUUCCAACUCUUUCAUUACAGAAAUCCAUCAUUUUCAUCUUCUUAAUCCACAGCAGUAUGAGCAAUAUCAACGAUUUAGUACAGAGGAAUAUGUUUUACGCGAGGGUGGACUUCUUUGUCCAAGGCCAGAUUGUGGUAUGGGUAUAAUACCACCAUCUAUAGAAGAUGGUGCGAAUGAAGAAGAAUGUCGUAAAAUUCAAUGCUUCGCAGGUUGUGGUUAUGUAUUCUGUAGAAGAUGUUUACAAGGAUUUCAUGUGGGAGAAUGCGAAUUACAAUCUUCAGAGACAUCUAAUAACAAAUCUAUAUCUAACGGGUAUACCAUUGAUCCCCAAAAGGCUAAAGAUGCUAAAUGGGAUGAGGCUAGUAAAAAAACCAUACAAAUAUCGACUAAACCUUGUCCAAAAUGUAGAACACCUACCGAAAGAGAUGGUGGAUGUAUGCAUAUGGUGUGUACACGAGCAGGCUGUGGUUUUCAGUGGUGUUGGGUUUGCCAAACUCAAUGGACGAGAGAUUGUAUGGGUAGUCAUUGGUUCGGAUAAAUUAUGUAAAUUUAACGUUAAUUUUUAUAACUAUCGUUAUUACUAAUUUAUUUUUUGACAAUGUAAUUUAUCAACAAUAGGAUAAAUUAUUUUCUUGUCACAAAGUAUUUUUGUAAAUCUUUUGUUCCAUACUAGUAGAGUAUACUUUAUCGUAAUUUCUUUAGAAUUCGUUAAAUUUAUCUAACAACCUUGUGUUUUCAAUAGAUGCAGUAAAAAUUGAUUUGUUAUAGGAUUGAUACCUGUAUAUGUGUGUAUGUAUGUCGAUAGAUAUACCUAUCUCUUUCUAUACAUUUGUAAUAACAUAAACAAAUAUAAUUUGAUAAAAUUCAGAAUGAAA